CUUUUUUAAGUUUUCUUGGUUUAAACAUUAUGUCUGAACAAACUGCAAGAAAACCUCAAGUUUUUAGUAGUCCACUAAUCGCUUCCAUGACCUGUAUUGUUGUUGUACUGUCUAGAUAAGGUCAUGUCCUGGUGAGGGUUAUCAGCUGUUUCACUUGACCCUGCUGCUUAGACGUCUGCUAUUUCUCAUGACACCAAAACAACAGGUGGAGUUUGUGGAGCACUUCCCUCCUGCUCAGGAGGAGAACCUCUGUGUGUGGCGCCACACUCUGCUGAGGGGUCUGUGCGCAGAGGCACGUAUGCGGGUGGAGAAAGAGGUGCUUUCCAGGGCUUCUGUUGUGCUGCAGGAAUGGCAGAAUAACAGCUACAGGAUGGGAGAUAUACCGAGACUUAACCGGAUACUAGGCUGUGUGCUGAUGUUGAUGGGCGGAAGCAACCUGCAGGCUGAGUGUAUGAUAUCUUCUGUGAAGAUCAUCUCUCAGCUGUGGAGUUGCAUGAGUAGCAACCAGAGUCUUACUGACUUACCUGUCAAUAUCAGCUGUUCUGAUCAGCAGUAUAGAGCCACAUGUCAUUGUUCAGGCCGUUUCCUGUUUGAGUGGGUUGACUAUCCAGAAAUGCCCUGAUGACCUUCUUUUAGCUGCUUUGGAGUUCCUUGCUUCCAUGGGAAGAAUAUUUAUUUCUCACAAU